AUGUCCUUGCGGAGGGAACGUGCCGUCAUAGCAGCGCAAGCCUGUCAAACUUGUCGAAGUCGAAAAUCCAAAUGUGACGAGCAAAGACCCAAGUGUGGUCUCUGUAGACGGCUCAGUGUUGAGUGCGUAUAUCGCGAGCCUCAACCCACAAAAAAGGACAAGACCAUGGUCUACAUUCUCCAAACUUUGCAACGGCUCGAGAACAAAUUUGACACUCUCUAUGUCUCAAAACCUUCAACUCCCGGAAGCAAUGUCGAUUGGGGCGCAGUACAGUCUGGAACACGUCCGCCAGGAGUAAAUGGGACUUUGGGCGCUUCAAAUGAAUCUCAUGUAUCCUCCGAUAGCGAAUUACGCCCAGGAGCUCGUAUCGGGUCUCAAUCAUCAUUUCCUCCGGACGUUCUACGCACUUAUCAACACUUGACUGUGGCUCACAAGGUCUUGCUUUGGCCAUCAAUAUACUUGCACAUCUUGAAUUCCGGAAUUGCUGUGGCCUCGGAUCUGCAGUACGUGCUUCAAGAGGGCACACCGUGGUUCAUCCACCUCGAGUUACACAAACAUCCCAAGACGUUACCUUGGGAUACCGAUAUGCGAACCUAUCCGAUGCCCAGUAGCACAGGGGAAAUGAGAGCUGGCUUCAUUGGUCUUACACCGGAGAAUGUGAGGCGGAUGAGCGAUGCAUAUUUCAGCACCUUCAACAUACUGUUUCCGAUCCUGGAUAGACAGAUGUUCCUUGAAGACAUUCUCGAACCGGUCUUGAGGAACGGUUUUGCAGACUGUGAUCCUCAAGGAUGUCUUGUGCUGCUUGUCUUGGCUCUUGGUCAGACCGCCAUCGACGGUGUUUACGGCUCACCGAUCAGUAUAAUCGAGGGGAACCCUAGUGGCUUGCGUGGUGGUACAGCAGAACGACCUCCAGGACUAAAUCUUUUCAACGAGGCACGAAGGCGCAUGGGAUUCAUCAUGCAUCAGUGCACACUUGAAAACGUUCAGAUACAUCUGCUCGAAUCCGCAUACUAUGAAGCCUGCGCUCGACACAUGGAUUUCUGGCGAGCCACGGUUGCGGCGUCUACUUCUUGCCAGAUCCUGAUCAAAUGUGAAUCCAUCGACUGGUCUACUCCAAGGGCAGAUCUCAUCAAGCGUGCGUACUGGGCGUGUAUGCUUAGUGAGGACAUGUACCAUCUCGAGCUGGAUCUUUCGCAAACAGGCAUUCAUACUUUGGAGGAUCAAGUACCGCUCCCUUACUUCCACGGCUCGGAAAGCAACUACGGCAACCCUUCGGACGAGAAGUCACAUUUCCAGUACCAUUUUCUGGCAAUGAUCGCUUUGCGCAGGCUGGUUGCGCGGAUACACGAGUCGAUACAUUGCUCAUCUAACGCGACGGCCGAGCUCUCUGAGGAUUACGGCGGACCGCCAGUGCAUGUAAUAAAGGAACUGGCUCGACAGCUGGAAUCGUGGCGUUCACUGCUUCCUCGACCUUUACAGUGGUCGGACAACGACAAGACGGAAUUUCCAAACAUGGGCUCGGCAAGUCGACAAGGCACGGACUCACUCUUCUCGAUGGACCAAGGUUCUGUUCCAAUCAACCACCGAGACAAUCUGGACAUCAUGACAGCGCAAUUAAGGACGCAGUUCUACUAUGCACGAUUUAUGAUUUACCGGCCGUUUGUGUACAAGGCGCUGCACUUCCCUGAGCUAAUGACGGAAGAGGACCAAAUAUGCUGUGCUCUUGCGAUACAAUCAGCCUGUCUCUGGCCACUGAUACUAGCGCCGCCCAAAAACAAGAAACGCUUGGUGCCGCACCUUUUCACAUGGACACAAAAUUUCGUGGGCAUACUUCUCAUCCUACGCAUGACGACAGAGAACGAAUGCUUGAAGAAGAUUUGUAACGAGAGAGUGAACCGGAAGGAUCUGGAGCAGACGACGACGUUGAUGCUGGAGUGGAUACAGGAUAUCAAACAAGUAGAUGGAAUUGCGGAAUGGAGCUGGAAGAUGCUAGGACCGCUGUACUCGAGGCAUGGAUAA